CUUUUGUAGUCCAGAAUGUGGCCACAAUCACUGGAUGUGCUUCACUAAGUGCCUGUAACAAUAUGGCCUACAUUGGAGCUUACUUUGGGGUGCCUUCGAACGCCAGUGCCAGCUGCUGUACGGGACCGCUCUGCAACCAGGCCUCCCCAGCAUCAAGUUCUUUGGUCUGCUACACCUGCUCCAGCUCCAGCCCCGGCUCGUGUGCCAACCUCUCCGUCUGUAGUCCUUCAUUCACCACCUGUGGGAGUUUUGCUGUCCAGAUUCUGCAAAAUGGGACAUCAACGACUCAGUAUUUGCAGACCUGCGCCACCCCACAAACCUGCAAUGUUCCCUUAUCCAUCAGCAUCGGAGUGUUUAGUGCCACCACCUUCUCCCAGUGCUGCACAUCAAGUCUCUGCAACCUUGUCAACUCAGUCCAAGCAUUUACACCGACAUCAGGCACCCUGCAGUGCUACGGGGGAGUAAACCAGCAGAGCAAUGUGACAUGCAGGAACACUGAGGACCACUGCUUCACUGUCACAGUGUCAAAUGUGGCCACAAUCAGUGGAUGUGCUUCACAAAGCGUCUGUGCCAAUAUGGCCACCACAGGAGCUUACUUUGGAUUGCCCUCAAAUGUGACCGCCAGCUGCUGCACAGGAUCGUUCUGCAACCGCGCCAACCCUGUGUCAAAUUCUUCGGUGUGCUACACCUGCUCCAGCUCCAGCCCCGGCUCGUGUGCUCGGUUGUCCGUCUGUCAUCCUUCAUUCACCACCUGUGGGAGUUUUGCGGUGCAACUUGUGGAAAAUGGCGUGUCCAGCACACAGUAUUAUCAGAGCUGCGCCUAUCCAGGAAUCUGCAAUUCCCCCUUGUCCUUUAACUAUGGAGUCUUCAGCGCCAGCGUCAAUGCCCAGUGCUGUACAACAAGCCUCUGCAACCUGGUGAACUCAGUAACAGUGUCUCCAGAAGCUCCGAAUUCUUUGACCUGCUAUGUUGGAAUAAACGGCGCCAUCCAGGGGAGUGUCCAGUGUAAAGGCAGUGAAACCCUUUGCUUCACAGUUGGAUUGGCAAGCGCAGGAACGGUCAGAGGAUGCACUUCACAGGGUGUCUGUGACAAUUAUGUCACAGUCCUCGGCUUCUUUGGUGACACCCCGACAACAAAGCCCAUCUGCUGCAGUGGAAACUUAUGCAAUAGCAGCUGGAGGCCAAGAUGGAGUCCCGUUUUGUUUCUGCUUGUGCUGACGGUGAUGACCUUCUUCUACUGAACUGGCGCAGAUCAGAGAUGAUCAAGGAAGGCUGGCACCCCAAUCUUUCACUUGGCACCCCAUUGAUUCUGCUCUCUGCACGGUUUCAUUUGACUUGUCGUGUAAUUAACUGUUUUUAAAAUUUGUGACUUUUUGCAUUUGUGCGAUUUGUAAAAGGCACCAAAUAAAAUAAAAAUGAACCAUAUACCUGUGGUGGGCUGGCACCCUG